AUGGGAAUCAGCACAAACACAAACGGCGAUAUUACGACCGCUUCACAGCUAGCGCCUCCGCCUCUGGACCUGCUGAGAAGACGUCGAGCUUCAGCACCUGGCGAGACCUCUCAAGGACCAGAGUCGCGGGCCAACCAAUUCACGACGCCUGCCGAGUCCGAUGCCGAGUUUGUACGAAGGACAUAUGCACACUUCUCCAUAGCGGGCGUCCCGGACGAUGGCUUCUCCGACGGCAAGGAGUACACUCGAGAGAAGAGCGGCCUCUCUCCAUGGGAAGAGGCCGCACUCUCGCCUGCCGAAAGCAGCAGAGCUCUCCAGAGUGUAGAUGAGCCAAAUGGCAGGCACGCGGGGCCCUCUGCAACCGCAAUUGCUGCCGCCAUCGAUGCAGCAAACGGCUCAGCUAGCCAACUUCGGCCUCCUCUCAACGCAACCGUAAGUGCGGGAAGCGUCAUGACUCAAGAGUCGCUCUUCUCCAGCAACGACGACGUGGACGGUGCUGGCUCAAGACCCACUCUCACAGCGUCCGUCAGUGCACAAACGAUGCGAUCGACCAACACGUUCCUCUCUACCAACGAGAGGCGGCGGCGUCAAGAGAUGGCGCAGAAGAGGCGCGAGGAGAUGAUUGCCGGCGUCGAUCGAUACGGAUUCUUCUCCGAGGGCCCCAGCAAUGUACACCACAAGGCUGUCUUGCUUCGGUCCAGUCUGUUUGAUGCGCCAUUCCCAAAGAGGGGCACCAAAGGCAUUGCAUCGCAGAGUGCGCCACCACCUACCAGCUUGUCUUCUCCCAGCGCGUCGCCAAAGAUCAACGGUCACGAUCACACCAAAACGCCGGCUGUUCAGCAGGCUCGCUCGGCAGCCGAUUCCGUCCACCGCCAACGCGAGCAGGAACGAAUUGCCAAAUGGUCGCGCAUGCUCACCGUCAAAGGACGCGAUCAGGGUCACAAUGCCGUCCAAUUCGACUUUGUCAACGGCAUCGAUCGCAAGGUACGGCGCAGAGUCUACAAGGGUAUCCCCGACAGUUGGCGAUCGGCAGCCUGGUUCGCACUCCUACAGGAUCGCAAAAAGACAGAAGAAGGCCGACAAUCGUAUUCCCUCGCCAAACCACACAUUCAAACAGCAGCGGCGGCGGCUGUUGUCAAUACGCCCAACAAGUCCGGCACUUCCACCUUCGAGACCCUGGUGGACAUGUCGAGCACGCACGACGUCCAAAUCGACCUCGAUGUUCCGCGCACCAUCUCUGGUCACAUCCAGUUCCACACUCGCUAUGGUCAGGGUCAACGAGCGCUGUUUCACGUCCUUCAUGCCAUCUCUAUGCUCUGCGACCAAUGCGGCUACUGUCAGGGCAUGGGACCUAUCGCUGCGACGCUGCUCUGCUACUUCAGCCCCGAACACGCCUAUGCUGCCAUGGUGAGCAUGCACAACCACCUCAACCUGCACUCGACCUUCUCACCCGGGUUCCCCGGUCUGGUCGAAAACCUGUUCGUCCAAGACAAGCUGUUGCGGCGGUACAUGCCGGAGCUGGCGGCGGCGAUGGACGAGCACACGGUAGUCGCCAGCUCGUACGCGACAAAGUGGUACAUCACGCUCUUCUCCAACUCAAUUCCGUUUGAGACGCAGCUAAGGGUGUGGGAUGCGUGGCUGCUGGACGGUCAAGAUGUGAUCACGCUGGUCGCAGUGGCGAUUAUUUGGGCGCACCGAGGCGUGAUACUGGAGCCAAGGGCCGAUUUCGAGACGAUCCUCAGCGCGCUCAGCAGCUUCUUUGUGCCCGAGGAUGACGACGCGCUGCUCUCGUGGGUCAAAAGGGCGCUGAAGCGCAAGGACGUGCAGAGCACGAUUCGGAGGGCGAGGGAGGAGUAUCGAGACAAGGUGCAGAGUGGCGAGGCCGCUGCUUUGAUGCUCUAG